ACUGUUUUUUUGUUUUACUGGUGAUUGUAGUUUUGGUAGCAGUUGAAGUUCGCAAAUCGCAAGCCAUGGCCGAAGAUUCGGAUCGUCCUAUCAGGAUUAUGAACUUUGUCUCUGAAGAUCAAUUGGUAGAAUCAAAAAGAACAAGGGGUGAACGAGUUGAAGACGGCACUGCCCAGAGGGAUAGACCUCUCUACGAGAUUCUAAAGGAAAAUAAAGACAAAAAGGAUGCGGAAUUUAAUGAAAGGUUCAAGCAUAGACCACCUAAAGCUUUAGAUGAAGACGAGACUGAGUUUCUCGAAAAUUAUGAAACAUCAAGGAGGGAAUAUGAACGAAAAGUGGCAGAUGACGAAGCCCAACAAAUCCGUAGCUUUCAAGCAGCAGUGGAAGCACAGUCCAAUGUUGUGCAUGAACUUAAGGAAAAAACCCCUUUACCUUUGAUCCAGGAAGAAAAGUCUGCUGGAAAGAAGAAUCCAGCCUCUCGCUCAUUAGGCAUGAUUGUAAAAGUCAAGCCCCAAACUAAAAAAGCCAAGUUGGAUGAAGGAAAUGGUGAAGUUUCAAAAGCAGGAACAACUCCCGGGGAUGAUAAGAGUAAGUCUUUAGAACCAGUACAAUCAUUGAAUUACGAAGCUGAUAAGACCCGUGAAGUUGUUCAAACUGGCCUUGUUUCUUACAGUGACGAAAGUGAUGAUGACUUGUAGUAUUGAUAUUUAUAUUUUGAGAAGUUACAUGAUUUCGCUUUUGUUUUGUAUAGCACUCGUUCAUAUUCAUAUCCAUGCAUAUAUUCAGGACGGCAGUAUGGAAAAUUGACACUCCUAAUGUCUAAAACUGUCA